AUUGUAAGAUUAAGCUUCGGAUCAAUGUCAGUGGACGUGAUUAAACUUUCAAAACAAAAACUGGACCAACAGUUAAAAAAUGAAAUAUUUGAAAAUCUAAAAAUAGUUAUUGAAAUUAUGAAAGGUGAAAUUAACAUAUUACAUCAGGAUAUGGAAGAAUGCAAAGAGAGAAUCCAGACGAUAGAGGACAAUCAUAUACCGCCGCACAUCAGAGGAACCCAGACAAAACUUCUUGAAGUAUGGAAAAAAGAUGAUGAGUUAUUUUAUGAUGCCACAAAUGUUUAUCAAGCUACAAAAGACAAAGUAGAGUCCUGCUCUAUUGUUGCUCUAGUGGGUGGACCAGGAUGUGGUAAAACAGCUACAGCAAGACAUAUAGCAAUGCAAUAUGAACAAAACGGAUGGGAAAUAGUUCCAGUAUUUAGAAUUGAAGAUAUUUUACAGUAUACAGAUGUGACAUUCAAACAAAUAUUUUUAUUGGAUGACAUCUUUGGCAUAUUUGCCGUAGAUAUGUUUAUGUAUAACAAUGUAAAAAACCACAAAGAAGGUAUAAUGAAUGCAAUAAGUAAAGACUCAAAAUUGAUUUUGACUUGUAGAAGGUCUGUUUAUCAUGAAACCGAAAAGCUUAAACCGUUUGUAUUUAAGAAUAUUGUAGACUUAGAAUGGAAGGAUAACAAAUUAAACGACGUCGAAAAAGAAAAUAUUUUAACAAAACAUUGUAGGAAUAAAGGUGUUCCAGAAAACAGCUAUGAUAGUGUAUCACUAUCGUCAUCAAACAUAAUGUUCCCAUUGCUUUGUAAGGUAUUUUCUACAAAGCAUGAACUUCAUGGUUCUGCGGAUAUGUUUUUCGCACAGCCCUUAGAUUGCCUUAUUAGCGAAUUGGAUCAGUUGGAAUAUAUUUGCCCUGAACAAUAUGUAGCUCUAGUACUAUGCGUUCUCUGUAACAAUUUUCUAUCUUUGAAAAACAUGCCAGGCGAUAAAAUGAAACUUGAUGGAUUGAACACGUGUGGAGUUAACCUAGGAACUUCAGAUAAACAGAUAAAAAACGCAUUGUCCAAUUUGAUUGGUACCUAUUUGAUAAAACAUGAUCAUGACGUUACCUUUAUUCACGAUGCAAUAUAUGAAAUUGUUGCUUUUCACUACGGACGAAAUUGCCCACAUAUAUUACUAAAAUAUAUGAAAAGUAACUUCAUAGCUACGAAACUUAUAGUGUCCAAGGACCAUACUGCUGCUUUAGGUACUGAUCUAUCAAUAUUGAUCGAAACAGAUUAUUAUGAACUACUGGCUGAAAGACUGUAUACAGAUUUACAAUCAUUUGAACUAUUUGAUGUGUUUAUGAACAAAUCGUUAUUAUAUCCUCCUUUUCUGGGAGUCUUUGUAAAAGUAUUACGUAACAAGCCGUAUUAUGAACUGAAGGCUUUACUUUUUACAGAAAACAAUGCCUCCAACGUUGUAAAUAGAUAUUCUGAUAAAGAAGAAGAGGAGAAGGACGGAAACGAGGACGAAGGAAAACUAGAUUUAUUAAGGAACGUCUAUUUCGAUAUAUUGUGGAAAGGAACAAAUGCUAUAAGGGCCAUAAGUUGGAUACUUUAUUAUGGGCAUACAUAUCUUUUACAGAGCAUUGUCAAUCUUGCUCUUGAACACAAUGAUUCCAGUGACAUUGUGUUUAAAUCAGACAUCACAGAACAGACGCGACUACUUACUUUAGGAUGUUACAGUGGUGAUCCUGAUAUGGUGAAUACGAUUCUAAAGUAUGUCCAAGUUGACUGUGUAAACAAAACAUCGUAUAAAGAAAAUAUGCUAACAUCCCAUAAUGGGCACAGAAAAUACACACCGCUCACAGCAGCAUGUUAUGAUGGUCAUUUAUCAGUCGUACAAGUUCUUGUAAUGAAAAAUGCAAAAAUAGAUCUAUAUGAUGAUAAUUUUCGUUUUCCGCUUCUAUCAGCAUCAUUAAAAGGACAUGAUGAUAUUGUCAAAUUUCUGAUACAGAAAGGAGUCGAUGUUAACCAGUGUAAUGAAGAUAACGAGUCUCCAUUAUAUACCGCAUCACAAGAAGGACAUCAUGAAGUUGUUAAACAUCUGGUAGAGAAUGGAGCUGAUGUUAACCAGUGUAAUAAUUACGACAAGUCUCCGUUAUAUGAAGCAUCAUCUGGAGGGCAUUAUGGCGUUGUUCAAUAUCUGGUACAGAACGGAGUCGAUGUUAAUGGUUGCGGUAAAUAUAACCCGUCUCCAUUGAUGGGAGCAUCACUUGAAGGAUAUAUUGAUAUUGUAAAAUAUCUAGUACAGAAUAGAGCCGAUGUUAACCAGGGUAGUGAAAAUAACCCGUCUCCAUUAUAUGGAGCAUCACGAGAAGGACAUACUGACAUUGUAAAGUAUUUGGUAGAGAACGGGGCCUUUGUUAACCUGUGUAGUAUAUUUAACCAGUCUUCAUUAUAUGGGGCGUCAGUUGAAGGGCAUUAUGACAUUGUUGACUAUCUUGUAAAGAACGGAGCUGAUGUUAACCAAUGUAAUAAAUAUAACCAUUCUCCAUUAUUUAAAGCGUCAGGAGGAGGACUUUGUAAUAUUGUAGAAUAUCUGGUACAGAAUGGAGCCAAUAUCAAUCAGUGUGAUAAUAUUAACUCGUCUCCAUUAUACCAAGCAUCAGUAAAAGGACAUACUAGCGUUGUGGAAUAUCUGGUACAGAAUGGAGCAGAUGUUAACCUCAGUGAUCAUAUGAAUAGGGCGCCAUUAUAUGGAGCAUCAGAAGAAGGACAUAUUGACAUUGUGAAAUAUCUAGUACAAAACAGAGCCGAUAUUAACCAGUGUGUUAAAUAUUACCAGUCACCGUUAUCUAGAGCAUCAGCAAAAGGACAUUAUGACGUUGUCAAGUAUCUGGUAUUGAACGGAGCUAAUAUAAACUUCUGUGAUUAUAUGAACAAAACUCCACUGUUCCAGGCAGUGGAAAUUGGCCACAGUGAUAUAGUAAAAUUUCUUAUUACAAAUAAUGCAGAUUUUACAAUUAGAAAUGAUGAAAAUAUGUCCCCUUUAGAAUUUGCAGUAUUGUUAAACGGUUCUGAAAUAGCAAAAGAAUUGAUCAGAGCAGAAAACCAAAAUAUACCGUUCUCAGGGAAUUAUCACUUGUUUGAUAUAUUGGUUGACAUAAGAAAGACAGAUGUUUGCAUUUAUAAUAGAUCAGAUGAUGGUGGUGUUAUUACAAAGAAAAACAUGCAUUUUUUGGAGAAUUUGUUUAAAUGUUUAGAACGGAGAAGCAUUGAAUGUCUAAAACACUUGUUACAGUUAGGAUUGGAUGUCAAUAAAAAAUGUGACGAAAGAGGAAAGUCACCAUUUAACAGAAUAAUUGAAAGCAAUAUGGUAGACAUCGACAAAAAGGUUGAGUUAUUGAUAGAGAAUGGAACCGAUCUCACUGUCAGAGAUAGUCACUGUGUGUCUGCUUUAGAAAAAUCAAGACAGUUGAUAAUAGAAAAGAAACAGGAUGGCUUAGGACUAAAAUGGCCAUUUUGCUGUGAAAUGUACGAAAAUGUAAUGGAAAUUUUAAAACAACAUACCAGAAGAUAUUCCGUUUAAGUUUUGUGAUUGACUCACCAUUAUAAUAAUUGUUAUAUAUAUUAACAGACAGUAAAUUUUAAUAUGAAAAGAAAUAAUCCCUCCUAUAUUCAUAUACAUUUUUUUCAUAACCUUUUAACUCGGACUUUGUUUCGUCAAAGCCAUAAUCUGCCAAGUAUUGUUCCAUCUUUCGUUGGGUAUGAUUAAAAACUAUAAAACGAAUGGUUAAGAAUUGAUCAAGUAAAGGUCAAGCACAAGUUAAGACUAAUACAGAAAGGUGGAGGAAAGAUCAGUUCAGUCAAAAACAAAUGCUGCCAAUUACGGAACUUGUUUAUAAUGUCUGAAAAUCUUCACUUGUUACAUGAAUAGGUUGGUACAAGAAAGUCAGGAAUAUGUUUAAAUUAUGUAUCCGGUCUUAGCUAUGUAAAUUAGAUUUGAUAAAAAUUAUUUUUAUCGAAGGAAUUAUUUGAAACUAUUUAAUAAAUUUGAUUUACCUCGA